GUAGAUUUCUAUAACACUCCUACGUCUCACUCUACAGCAAAUGCUUACUCUUUAUUUUACUAUUUACUCCCUCGACCUUCCUACAGUCACUGCUCCUACUACAAAGACUGCCUACUACUCCAUACUUACAAUAACUCGCGCCAUUGCUCUUCACUGAGCUGAGUGGAAUCGGCCGGAGGGGGCCUUUCUUUUCUUCUCCUCCCGUCCGCCCUGUUAGACUACCCCUGUGUCUUUUAUUUUAAUCCUCCAUUCGUCAUUGAAGCGCCCAUUAAACUCUCCCGCCGCCUCUGUCUUGUGUGUAUAUACGAAACUACUGUACCAACAACACCUUUUGGAGAGAAUCUGCUGUAGUUCUACCAUUUUCACUCCCUCUCCUCUCUCUCUCUUCUCUUUUUAACAAAGAGUAGUGCCUCUUUUGCUCUGUUUAUCUAAAGAUGGAGAGAUACAACAGCAACCUUUUUGAUUUCUUCCAAUCCUGUAACACGUAUGAUCACAGAUCACGGACGAUUGACGUCUCUGAUCUCCAGUACUUGUGUAUAGAGUAUCGUCUCAAUCUCCGAGACUGCAAAGACUGCAUCAAAAUAGAUGCAUCCCAGAGGAUUCCCUAUUCCGAGAUUAUGCGAUACAUCCGAGACUAUGCUUAUAGAGAAAGCAAUGGUCCCUCUGCCCACACCACCAUACAUCCGAUCCAACACACUUACUCUCCCAUCUAUCGACCAUAUUUGGAAGAGAGCUAUACGCCUGAAUACUCUUCUGAAGACCCUUUCAGAGGAGGAGAUAUUCCAGUCUCACCGCCUGACCAAGAUUCACAUGACCCCAUCCCACGUGACAUGCACUGGGUAACGACUGAACAUCAUCAUCACCACCAGACCAGCUCUAGGGCCAGUCCUUCAGGACUACCUCCUAGUAAUGGAGAGGUUAGGAUGCCUAGUGACCCCUCGUGGUAUCAAACUGACUCUGAUAAUGAUUAUACGAAGGGACGGCAUUGCAGGAACUGUAAAUCGUACCAGAGACAAGUUCUUACUCUAAAGGAUAAACUAAAACACUCUAAAGCUGAAAUAGAACACCUCCAGACCCUUUCUGAUAAAACUAGCAAGGAACUCCAGCAAUACUACCAAAAGCAUUGGCAGAAACAGGCUAAAGAGUAUGAAGGAUAUUUGGCAGCUUCUGAAAGAGAUAGAUUGAAGCUUCAGGCUCAAAUUGAGAAAUUAACAAGAAGCUAUCGUGACAAACUAGAAGCAUACCAAAAGGCUUUGAGAGAGAAGGAGAGAUCAGCUAAGAGACUACCACAAGAUGAAGGAGAUUCAGAUACCAGCAGUAGAGGACAUGCUAAAGGUUACCAUGAUGAUGGAAGGCGAGUUAAAGAUGAGCUUGAUAUGGAGCGACUUCAAAGACUUUACUCAUCACUUAAACAAGAGACAGAGCAACUGAAAGAACAGCUAAGAGAAACAGAGAGAGAGAAGUGGACCCUCAAAGAUGAGAAUCAGAAGCUACACUGUCAGCUUAUAAAAGGUGACCCUUUGCUUCACAAGAGCGGAGAGGGCGUGGCUAUAAAAGGAGGAGCCAAAGGAACUCAACCACUUCAUAAGAUAUCAAGCACUGACUGUGACCCGGAGAGACAGCAGGAGAGGGAAGUGCAGUCUGGAACUAAGAAAGCAAAGUCUUUGAUAUCUGCUCCGUCAGAGGCUUCAGAUAUAUAUGCAUCAUCAGGUUACCUUCCCAGCUCUGUUGAUGGUGUCUCAAACAUUGUCAGUAUACUUAAUGAAGAUGUCACAACUAGUGUGCUUCCUGAAUCAUUUUCCCCCGAGCAGCAGCAGCAGCUAGUCUAUGCUUUACAGAACUGCCACAGCAUUCAAGAGCUUAUCUCUUGUCUCUUCUCCUACUCUCUCUCCUUCUCCGCCUCCUCUCAAGAAGGCCUCGUUGAGAACGAGCAGUUACGUUCCAAAGUGAAGCACUUGGAAGCCGAACAUCGUAGACUGAGCACCUCAUUUGAUACUGUGAAGCACGAGUCAGAGUACAUGUUUUGCAAGUUGGCUCAAGUCGAAGGCAACAACUGCUGCCUAAGACACAUCACUAAACUAUGUAAGCAGGCUUGUGAGGUCCACGAGCUCCUCUACGAAAUGAAGUUAUCUCCGACCUCAUCUACUUCUCCGACCUUCCCUUCCUUCCCAGAAAGCAAUUAUUCCGCCGACAGGAACGACCUUGGAAAGCAUGUGCUCCUAAGAGCUCGGUAUCUUUUAUCGGAUUUAGAGAGCAACAAGGAACUUCAGUCACACAUACCCACGCAACCAUCGGACGGGCUCCUAUCAGGCUGGAACCUAUCAAUGUCACAAUAUACCGCGACCACUAGUGGACUUAGCUCCGGAGUGAGUUCAAUUGGAGAGGCGGAGCUUAACAGUAACGAGAUCGACCAGUUAAAGAUUUAUUAUCAAGGACUUGUGUCUUAUGCUAGUCAGCUCACUGGUACCCUGGUGGAGAUUGAUGGGCUGAGGGAGCUGAUGAGUGUGAAGGAUCCUAAUAUAGUGAAGGAUAGUUUAUUUGAUAAGAAUAAAAUGGAGCAGGCAGUGGCUGAUAUUGAGGAUUAUGUUGAUACUGAGGAGCUUUGUAAGAUAAGGGAGGAAAAGGCUGAGCUUAGGUCUCAGAUAUACAUGAUGGAGCAGAGCAAGAGAAGUAUGGAGCUGCAAGUGAGUCGAGUCCAGCUCCAGAACAACAUGCUGGAGAGAAGGAACGCUGAGCUACAGCAGUUGUAUAAGACAGAGAAGGAUAAGAGGAGAAGAAUCAGAGAUAAACUAAAGCUUUAUAAAUCUCAAGCUGAUAUUUCCAAUAUUCCUGAUAAUACAAGUGAAGCACAGCAAGCUCUAGAGAGAGCCUUGCUACACUCGGAGGAACUCUAUCACUUCUUACAGAAACACAUACAAGAAUCACAAGAGAUUAGUGAUCAGUUAGUUGAGUUUGUGAAGGAGCUUCUUAGCGCCAACAGAGCUUUGGUAGAGGCUUUUGAGAGAGCUAAGAAGAGACAGCAGUUUGAAAAGAGACAGCUGAAACAAGAAAUCCUGACCCUCACUAACAGACUGCACCAAAGCACAUGAUAAAAGGAGAGAGAGAGAGAUGAUAAAUAUUAUAAUAAAUAAAUAAUAAUAAUUACUUUUUUAUUAAUUAAAGCCUUAUUCAUAAUAAUAAUAAUAAUCAUUAAUUAGUUAUUUAAUCUCUCUUAAUUUGUAGUUUUACAUUUAGUUACUGUAGUUGUAUCAUUUAUAUUAUUAGUUAAAGUAAUUAAUUAUUAUUUGUAAUUGUAAAGUAGAAUGUGUGAUUUAUUAUAAUAUUAAUACAUUGUUACUAUAUUUAUUUAUGACAAAUAUUUUAAACAGUUUUAUUACUCUUUUACUUGUAAUUUUAAUCAUAAUACUGUUAUUAUUAUUAUUAUUGUUAUUAUUAUUAUUAUUGUUGCUGUUAUCAUUGUUGUCAUAUUUUA